AUACAUUUACCAACACAUACAACAACGUCAAGAUGGCGCCCGUUGAUCGCGUGGACCACAAUGCCCUUGAGCAACAGCUCAAGGAUAUCAUCCAGGAUCUUUACCAAAUAAUGGUCCAAGUCUCAACCUACGAUUCCGCCGGCCGCUCAAGUAGAGAAGUCCUCAUCAACGAAAUCAAAACUCUCUCCGAGUCCCUCCGCACCCUCCACGCCUCAGCCUCACCACCGCACAACCUCCCCUCCGUUCCACCAGAACUCCUUGAAUACGUCGAGCACGGCCGCAACCCAGACAUUUACACGCGAGAAUUCGUCGAGCUCGUGCGUCGCGGCAACCAGCUCAUGCGCGGAAAGCUCAACGCCUUUGGGACUUUCCGCGAUGUUCUGGCCGAGAAUAUGACUACUGCUAUGCCUGAGCUGCGCGACGAUGUGGUUCAGGUCGUGGAGGCCACAGGAGGUGUGCCGCCGGGGAGGAGAAACGGCGAGCAUUCGCAGCCGCAGCAGAAUGGUGCUACUUCUAAUAACCAUGCGUCAUCGUCGGCUGCUUGAAGGGUGAUACUGGAGACUAUACAUGAUUGCAAUGUUCUUUUUUACGCGAUAGUUAUUUUUGGGUUGCAGGUUCUAUGAUACCCUAAGCGCGUGUAAUGCCGCGCAACUGAAU